AACUUUGUUAGAGAACUUCAAACUUUUCUCAUUCCCUCUUAAACUACCAAGGCUAGGGUUGGGAAAUAAGGCGACCAUGAAGCUUGUUCCCACCCUGGUGGUGAUACUUCUCACUGUCUUCACGGCAGUGUGCCAGUCAAACCAGAGUUGUGGAGAAGUUUUGAGAUUUCCUUCAACAAUGACCCAACAUGACUACGUACGACUUGAAACUACGCUGACAUCUUCCCUGACUGCAGUGACGGCUUGUGUCCGCAUGAGAACAGACGCCGGUCAUAGUGGAACAUUGUUCAGCUACGCCACCCAGCGAAAUCAUAAUGAACUUUACCUGUUUGGCGACAGGGGUCGGACAACAUUUGCUGCCAAUAUGCACAACUCUGGCACUGGCUUCUUCAACCUUCAUGUGUUGGAUGGCAUGUGGCAUUUGGUAUGCUUCACCGGGCGGAGUUCCAGUGGCGACUGGAAAAUGUACAAAGAUGGAUGUUUAGUAACUUCCGGUACUGCUUCGUCUAGAGGAGGGUCAGUUGAUCCAAGUGGAGUUUGGAUCCUUGGUCAAGAUCAGGAUACUCCGGGUGGAGCAUUCCAACUUAACCAAGCUUUCUCUGGGGAUAUCUCAAAUUUCAACGUCUGGGAUUAUGUCAUGACCGAAUCACAAAUAUUACAACAGUUCAUGAACGAUAGCAGUUACCAUGGAAACGUGAUAGACUGGGAAACGGUUGGGAAGUUGGUGUAUGGAGGAGUCCAGUUGUACCAGGUGGACUGUGAAACGUCACUGGGACAAGAUCCCUGCAACAUUACGGACGACGAAAUAUGCGACACCGCCUACAAUAACACGAUAGUGGACCCGAACAGAAGCACGGCGUUCGUCCCCGGCCCAAGCGACCUCUACAUAUGUGACAACAGACUGACAAAGGGAUGGUACAGGUUUGAGGCACACAGUCAGAGUGUGCGUAUUCCAGAAGUCUUCGUAGAGCCGUACCACUGUGGAACUCGGGUUCCUCUUUGGCUUGACGGUCCCCAUCCCAUUAACAGCCAGGUAGCAGACAGGGUCGUGUGUGCCAAUUACGGUGUUCCGGGUAACUACUGCAGCAACAGCAUUCCCAUUCUUGUCAAAAAAUGCGCUGACAAUGCGGGGGUUGACUUCUAUGCGUACUGCCUAUCACCCACACCUGGGUGUGACCAAGCGUACUGUGCUGGGAACCAAGAGCCAUGUCCUAAUGGCGAAGUCUGGGGAGACGCGUAUGGAAAAUGCGUCAAGGAUGUUCCAGAAAUUACCGAGAAUCCAGUCCUUCACCCACCCGUUAUUGACUUGACUACAUGGAAAGUCACGUUUACAUGCGAGGUCAAAUACGACAACGACACUGACGAUGGGGCGAGGUUUGAUGUCAAGUUCCUGUUUGACCACACCGAUGACAGGAAAGUGAACGAGGCAACUCCGACACCACUAGAUCCAACCAGAAAAACUGUAGAACUCGAUGCAAAAUAUUUGGGCACGUUUGACAACUUCGGCACUAUUGAAUGGGAGUCGAAAAUGGGAAAAACGGUGAGCAAAACGCAAGUUACACAAUAAAACACACGAA